CGGGUUUAGGGCAAGGUGGGAAGAACACUGUCACACAGGGGAGAGUGGAGGAGGAGGAGGGCAAGGCACUGCCGGGAUUCUACCGCUACAGAUGCUACGCUGGAUCAAUCCAUGCAUCGCAGUAGCAGCGGUGUCCGGAGUGGCGGGAGGAAACAGGGCACGGUGAGGAAGAUCCCAGCGGCUAGGGCGGCGGCUUCGCAGCGUAAUCCACAGGCCGAGCACAGCAGCAACGGGAUGUAUUCCGAUCAGAUAGGCGUAGCAGGCAGCCGGAAGAGGCCCGUGCGCGAGCGAUUGCACGGGAUUUCUGACGGGAUUGCUUCCGUGGGACGACAGAGCGUGAACAAAAGGCAAAGGCAGGAGGAUGGCAAGUGGAAGCAUGAUCUCUACGCCGACGAAGAUGGAGAUGACUCUGGACUUGAAGGCCAGAGCGGUACUCAAGAUCUUCGCUUGCGAUUGACGAGAAAGAAUCCCUUGCGGAGCUCCAGUGGAGGAGGAGGAGGAGGAGCUCCACCCAUGAAAGAUCUACGUGAGAAGCUGUCGGGACCAAUCCCACCUCCAGUGGCUCAACCCGAGAAGCCUCGUCACAGGCUGCCCUCGACCAUUGUCCGCGGUAGCACUGCUGCCUCGGCGUCAGUGGCGCCGCCGAGGCCUGUGAUUCCGCGCAGCAAUCCACCACCUCCGAAAAUCCAGCCAGCCUUGGAAAGUGUUGCCUCGUUUUUGACGUCUUUAGGAUUGGAAAAGUACUUACUAACGUUCCAAGCGGAAGAGGUCGAUAUGACAGCAUUGAGGCAUAUGAAAGAUGAAGAUCUCAAGGAACUGAAUGUUCCCAUGGGACCAAGGAAAAAAAUUCUUCUUGCGCUGGGUAAUCGUGCUUCAUAGGUACCCAAAAGCUCCAGUUUCACUGCAGAUGUUUUAAUAUUUGUUGCUUACCAAGAAAUGUCACUCUUUUUUUUUGUGUUUC